AUGUUCGACGCUAUCAAGACCUGGUUCUCUGGCCGUGAGGCUACCGAGGAGAACAAGUGGGAUGCUACCACCGUGCAAAUGCAGCAGCCUAACAGCCCUGCCGGCAUGAACGAGACUGUCACCCAGCAGCCCACUCCUGAGUCCAUGAACGUGCACAUUCGUGGUGGUGGUGAGGGUGAGGAUGUCUGCUGCGGAGUUUGCGCUGGUCUCUGCUGCUUCGAAUGCUGCGAGUGCUGCUGCUAA